GAUCUACACGAAAUCACAAUGGUUGAUUGGCUGCAGCAGUGCUGCACUAGCCUACCUUCCAAAUUUCAGAAGGUCCUGCCUAUUUUGAAAGCCUUUUUCAGAAAUGUGAAGUGGAUGGAGUUAUGGGAUGAAGUUAGGCUACACUUUAACCGUUGCUGUUAUUCUUUAUCUUAUCUACCGAGAGGGCGUAGCCUAACUCUGUUAAGAAACCUUUCAGAAACAACCGAGUCCAAUUCCGUCGACUAGGGUUGUCGUCAUAACUGCCUAGCACUCUGCUCUCCUUUUAUUUAUUAGUUAUUUAUUUUUAUUUAUUUACCUAUUUAUUUAUUUUUUUCUUAUGUUUUUUCUAUGCUUUUCCUUUUCAAUCGCGAUUGAGCAAUAGGAUAUAACUCCUCCCAACUGAACUCUGUUCCUUUCCUUUAGCAAACUGGAUUUACUGAAAGUGUUCGGAGGAGCCAGCACUGGCAUGUUCUUCUCCUGUGUCGUUUGAUGCGUCUGUGAAACUGCAGGAUAUGAGUCUGUUGUGUAGCUGUGUGAACACCACUGCACCCCAACCAGAGGAGGCCAUGGUGAAGCUGGUGAUUAUUGCAGUGAUCCUCCUCAUCACUGUGUCUGGGGUCUCUACUGCCUGUGGAAGAGCGGAGUAUCUUAUAGGGCAGGAGUGCUGUCCCAUGUGUGGCCCUGGUUAUUAUGUGCGGAGACACUGCACAGAGUUCAUCAGCACAACGUGUGUUCCGUGUCUGUCAUCGUUCUUCACCGAUGCCCCCAAUGGCUUGGAGUCAUGCAGAUCAUGCACGGUUUGUGACUCCAGUGGAGGUCUAAGAGUGAAGAGGGCGUGCAGCUCCACCUCAGACACACUGUGUGAGCCUCUGGAAGGUCACUACUGCACUGACCCAAUCCAAGAUGGCUGCAGAGGAGCUGUGGAACACACCAAGUGCUCACCAGGAGAAUACAUCAAACAGCCAGGGACAUCAUCUUCAGAUGCUGUGUGUGGUGAGUGUGUAGGUGACAUGUACUCAAACGGAUCAUUCACAUCCUGCAGACCACACACACAGUGUGAGUUGAUGGGACUUGUUGUCAUAAAAAAAGGAUCAACUUCUUAUGACACAGAAUGUGCUGAAAGAAAAAACACUGUUGUCAUCAUAGCCAGUCUAGUUUCCGCUAUAGUCCUAGCUACUAUAUGUGGGGUUCUGGUCUGCGUCUUUAUAUUACGAUGGAAGAGGAAGAAACAACAAUCAUCAACAACAACACCACCAACUCAAACAGGAAAAAACGACAUACCUUUGAGGAAUGGCCUUAUCGAUCAAGAGUCUGGUCAUGUUGGAGCAACAGAGGCACAAGGGGAAAUCCAUGGCAUGAUGGCAGCAGUUACGUGAUCUGAAUGUUUUUUCUCAAUUGCUAAAACACUAAAACCCAUUGGCUGAACAUUCUCAGUUGCCUGAACUCACUUAGCAAAUUGUACCGCAAAGAGUUGCUCCAAAUGGCCUGUUCUCAUCCUGGACCAACUGACCACUGAGCUGAAUGAUCUGAUGCAUCAGGCCUCUUCACCUCAGAGACCUGGUCAACCCAAUAUGGACCUGCAUACCGUGAUAGGAACACUUUGGUGGAUAUGGAUGUUCUAAAUGUCAUGUCUCCUCAAAUCACAGUGUUUGUGACAUUUUAAGCGAAAUACUUACAUGUAACCUACCUCAUGAGGAGAAUGCCGCCGUCUACUGUGUGGACUGCUGUGGACUGCUGUGGACUGCUGUGGACCUGCAUAUCUAAUGGUGAACUGCGCCAAUGGCCCUGGGCCUUACAGGAAGACGGACAGACUGUGUGAUGCCCCAAGUCCAUGUGUCUGAGUUCUGCAAAGCCAGGCAGGAAAAACAUGCAUUUAAGAUGUUCUCAUGGGACUCCAUAUGAAAUGGAUCUGGUGUUUUGGUGGUCCAAACGUGUGUGUUUGGCUUGCUAGGACAAGAAUGACUGCAUAUUCACAGAGAGAAACUUCACUGCAUCCGACAGUUGUGGAGCACUGGAUGCCCUCUGUCCACAUUUAUUCUGGUGUAUGCGUCACAUUUCUCAUUCAAAGUAGCAAAGUAACGUGAGUGACAGAAAUAAAAUGGACACUUUGCAUCCAACAAAACGUUGCAUUGCAUCGUGCUGCACACCACAGCACAACACGUGUCCUCAAGUCUGCACGGUGAGCAUCAAUAGUAAGUCUAUAUGGUGGCCUGAUCCUCUUUACUGUGGAACUUAAGCACUGCAGCACUUUCUUUCUUUAUAACAUGUAACCAACACUUUUGUUCCACUCUCUGUGAGCUGACUAAGUGACUUGUAGGCCUACAAUGUCAGCAUUAAUUGAGAAAAGUGUAUUUGUUUUUUUUAUAGACACUGCAGCAUAUGAAUAUGUCUGUACUUGCCCGGUGUGGUGAUUGCUUUUAGUUUCGAAAGCAAGAAAUCAGAUGAAGCCUUUAUUGGAUCUGAAUAAACGCAUCAUAUAAUACGUGGA